GGGCUCGCCUUGUGUUGUGACACUAACCACACCUCGCCAGUUCCACUUUUCGUUUUAGACCUUGUGUUUAUUGGGUUUGGCCGCUUGUGAAACUAUGUAGGCACCAUGGUUCUUUUGGACUGUGGAGCGCCAUGGCAAACUGGGAGCGAAACAAGAGGAUCUUACUGGAGCUGCUGAAGCUGCCCGAGAACAGACUUUGUGCAGAUUGCGGCGUGCCCGAUCCCGACUGGGCGUCUUACGAGUUGGGCUUGUUUAUCUGUCUGAACUGUUCCGGUAUCCACCGUAACCUGUCCAGUCGGGUAAAGUCCAUCAAGCUCGACUACUGGGAAGAUGAGCUUGUAGAGUUGAUGAAAUCCCGUGGCAAUGCUCGAGCCAGAGCUUUGUAUGAAAAAGCACUUCCUCCUUACUACUACCGGCCACAGCAGACUGACUGUGCAGUGUUAAGAGAGCAGUGGAUACGAGCCAAAUACCAAAGACUGGAAUUCACAGGCGAGACCAAGUAUCCACCUCCGUCUUAUAGCACAGGCUUCUAUGAAGGCAUGCUAUGGAAGAAAGGCAAGGAGAACACACAGUUUCUCAAAAGAAAGUUUGUCUUGUCUGAGAGGGAAUUCACGCUGGCUUACUACAACAAGGACAAUGAGUCCAAAGGUCCGAAAGCGCUCAUUUCGAUCAAGCACUUGAAUGUAACAUUUCAACCAGAGAAGAUUGGUCAUCCCCAUGGGAUGCAGAUGACUUACCUGGACAACGACCACACCAGGAGCCUUUUUGUGUAUCAUGAAAGUCCUGAGGAAAUAGUCACAUGGUACAACGCCCUUCGCGCCGCUCGCUAUGCGUACCUAAAGACGGCGUACCCGACCGGGACGGACGGCGACCUGAUACCGAAUAUAACACCAAACUACCUCAAAGAGGGAUACAUGGAAAAAACGGGGCCGUCGCAAAAGGAACCAUUCAAAAAGAGGUGGUUCAUUUUGGAUUCCCAAAACAGGAAGUUGCUCUACUUCAAAGGCUGUUUGGAUGCUGAGGAGUUGGGGGUCAUCUUCCUUGGCACAGAACGCCACAGCUACUCUGUUAGGGAUUGUGUCCCAAAGCACACCCGUGGAAACAAGUGGAAGUUCGGCCUGGUGGUGGAAACACCCGAACGGCAAUUUGUCUUCAUGUGCGAGCGUGAGAGUGAGCAAAAAGAGUGGCUGGACUCACUCAGACAGGUCAUGUCCAGGCCUAUGACACCACAGGAUUAUGCUACUGAAACCAACAUUAGGAAUAAGCGCUGAAAAUUGGAAAGCAGGAUUUCAAUGACACGGCAACAACAUCUGCAGUGUGCCAUGAAAUGACAAUUGGAAUCGUUUUUAUUGAGGACUUCAAUUUAUUUUGGACUAUAUACAUUACGUAUACUUCUGACGGUCCAUUUUUUCAACUAUUUCCUUAUUUUGUAGCUCAGGAUUUGAAUGACACAGCAACAACAUCUGAAUGCUCAUCUGCAGUGUGCCGUGAAAUGACUUUGUUCCUGUUGAAAUGACAAUUGGAAUCGUUUUUAUUGAGGACUUCCAUUUAUUUUGGACUAUAUACAUAUACUAUUUCCUUA